AGGCAGGACAAAUCUUCCACACCCCCACCACCCCUCCCACCUGAGCCACCUCAUUUCCUCUUCCUCGCAUUGGGGCACACUGAUCUGCACAGGCCAAGCAUUCGACCCAUAGCAACUGACCCCAGGCCCAGCUGGUCUGGCUGGCCUGGGUCAGCCUCCGGAGUAUGGUCUGGCUUGGGCCCCCUUUCCUGCUCUCCAUUUUCAUCUUGGCCUCUCACGUUGGCGCAGCGGUGGACCUGACGCUGUUGGCCAACCUGCGCCUCACGGAUCCCCAGCGUUUCUUCUUGACCUGCGUGUCCGGGGAGGCCGGGGCCGGAAGGGGCUCGGACGCCUGGGGGCCGCCCCUAUUGCUGGAGAAGGACGACCGCAUAGUACGCACCUUCCCACCUGGGCAGCCCCUGCACCUGGCGCGCAACGGCUCACACCAGGUAACGCUGCGUGGCUUCUCCAAGCCCUCAGACCUGGUGGGCGUCUUCUCCUGCGUGGGCGGCGCCGGAGCAAGGCGCACUCGGGUCCUCUAUGUGCACAACAGCCCAGGGGCCCACCUACUCCCAGACAAGGUCACGUACACAGUGAACAAGGGUGACACAGCUGUACUUUCUGCACGUGUACACAAGGAGAAGCAGACAGAUGUGAUCUGGAAGAACAAUGGAUCCUACUUCCAUACCCUGGACUGGCAUGAGGCCCGAGAUGGGCAGUUCCUGCUGCAGCUCCAAAAUGUACAGCCACCAUCAAGCGGCAUCUACAGUGCCACCUACCUGGAAGCCAGUCCCCUGGGCAGUGCCUUCUUUCGACUCAUCGUGCGGGGCUGUGGGGCUGGGCACUGGGGGCCAGGGUGUACCAAGGAAUGCCCAGGAUGCCUACAUGGAGGUGUCUGCCAUGACCAUGAUGGCGAGUGUGUGUGCCCCCCUGGAUUCACUGGUACCCGCUGUGAGCAGGCCUGCAGAGAAGGCCGUUUUGGACAGAGGUGCCAGGAGCAGUGUCCAGGCACCGCAGGCUGUCGGGGUCUCACCUUCUGCCUCCCAGACCCCUAUGGCUGUUCUUGUGGAUCUGGUUGGAGAGGAAGUCAGUGCCAGGAAGCCUGUGCCCCUGGUCAUUUUGGGGCUGAUUGCCGCCUGCAGUGCCAGUGUCAAAAUGGUGGCACUUGUGACCGUUUCAGUGGCUGUGUCUGCCCCUCCGGGUGGCAUGGAGUACACUGUGAGAAGUCAGACCGGAUCCCCCAGAUCCUCAACAUGGCCUCAGAACUGGAAUUCAACUUAGAGACAAAGCCAAGGAUCAACUGUGCAGCCGCAGGGAACCCCUUCCCAGUACGGGGCAGCAUGGAGCUGCGCAAGCCAGAUGGCACUGUGCUCCUGUCCACUAAGGCCAUUGUGGAGCCAGACAGGACCACAGCUGAGUUCGAGGUGCCCCGCUUGACUCUUGGGGACAACGGGUUCUGGGAGUGCCGUGUGUCCACAUCUGGUGGCCAAGACAGCCGGCGAUUCAAAGUCAAUGUCAAAGUGCCCCCAGUGCCCCUGACUGCACCUCGGCUCCUGGCUAAGCAGAGCCGCCAACUUGUGGUCUCCCCUCUGGUCUCAUUCUCUGGAGAUGGACCCAUCUCCUCGGUCCGCCUGCACUACCGGCCCCAGGAUAGCACAAUGGCCUGGUCCGCCAUUGUGGUGGAUCCCAGUGAGAAUGUGACGAUAAUGAACCUGAGGCCGAAGACAGGAUACAGUGUCCGUGUGCAGCUGAGCCGGCCAGGGGAAGGAGGUGAAGGGGCCUCAGGGCCUCCUACCCUCAUGACCACAGACUGUCCUGAGCCCUUAUUGCAGCCAUGGCUGGAGGGCUGGCAUGUGGAAAGCCCUGACCGCCUGCGAGUGAGCUGGUCCUUGCCCUCAAUGUCUGGGCCACUGGUGGGCGAUGGUUUCCUGCUGCGCCUGUGGGAUGGAGCACGGGGGCAAGAGCGGUGGGAGAACAUCUCAUCCCCCCAAGCCCGCACCGCCCUCCUGACUGGACUUACACCUGGCACCCACUACCAGCUAGAUGUGCGGCUCUACCACUGCACCCUCCUGGGCCCUGCCUCGCCCUCUACGCACAUGCUUCUGCCCUCCAGUGGGCCUCCAGCCCCCCGGCAUCUCCAUGCCCAGGCUCUCUCAGACUCAGAGAUCCAGCUGACAUGGCAGCGUCCAGAGGCUCCAUCUGGGCCUAUAUCCAAGUACAUCGUGGAGAUUCAGGUGGCCGGGGGCUCAGGAGACCCACUGUGGAUAGACGUGGACAGGCCUGAGGAGACAAGCACCAUCAUCCAUGGCCUCAAUGCCAGCACACGCUACCUCUUCCGUGUGCGGGCCAGUGUGCAGGGUCUUGGAGACUGGAGCAACAUGGUAGAAGAGGCCACCCUGGGCAACGGACUGCAGAGUGAAGGCCCAGUCCAAGAGAGCCGGACAGCUGAAGAGGGUCUGGAUCAGCAACUGGUCCUGGCUGUGGUGGGUUCUGUCUCAGCCACCUGCCUCACCAUCCUGGCUGCCCUCUUAGCCCUGGUGUGUAUUCGCAGAAGCUGCCUGCAUCGGAGACGCACCUUCACCUACCAGUCAGGAUCGGGUGAGGAGACCAUCCUGCAGUUCAGCUCAGGAACCUUGACACUGACCCGACGGCCAAAACCUCAACCCGAACCUCUGAGUUACCCUGUACUGGAGUGGGAGGACAUCACCUUUGAGGACCUCAUUGGGGAAGGGAACUUCGGCCAAGUUAUCCGGGCCAUGAUCAAGAAGGAUGGACUCAAGAUGAAUGCAGCCAUCAAAAUGCUGAAAGAGUAUGCCUCUGAAAAUGACCAUCGGGACUUUGCCGGAGAACUGGAAGUUCUGUGUAAACUGGGGCAUCACCCCAACAUCAUCAACCUCUUGGGGGCCUGUGAGAACCGAGGUUACUUGUAUAUUGCUAUCGAAUAUGCCCCCUAUGGGAAUCUGCUAGAUUUUCUGCGGAAGAGUCGGGUCCUGGAGACUGACCCAGCUUUUGCCCGAGAGCAUGGAACGGCCUCCACCCUCAGCUCCCGGCAGCUGUUGCGUUUUGCCAGUGAUGCUGCCAAUGGCAUGCAAUAUCUGAGUGAGAAGCAGUUCAUCCACAGGGACCUGGCUGCCCGAAACGUGCUGGUUGGUGAGAACCUGGCUUCCAAGAUUGCAGACUUUGGCCUUUCUCGGGGGGAGGAGGUGUAUGUAAAGAAGACAAUGGGGCGUCUCCCCGUUCGUUGGAUGGCCAUCGAGUCUCUGAACUACAGUGUCUACACCACCAAGAGUGAUGUCUGGUCCUUUGGGGUCCUUCUCUGGGAGAUAGUGAGCCUUGGAGGCACACCCUACUGUGGCAUGACCUGUGCUGAGCUCUAUGAGAAGCUGCCUCAGGGCUACCGCAUGGAACAGCCUCGAAACUGUGAUGAUGAAGUGUAUGAGCUGAUGCGUCAGUGCUGGCGAGACCGUCCCUAUGAGCGCCCUCCCUUUGCCCAGAUCGCACUGCAGUUGGGCCGCAUGCUGGAAGCCAGGAAGGCCUAUGUGAACAUGUCACUAUUUGAGAACUUCACUUAUGCGGGCAUCGACGCCACAGCUGAGGAGGCCUGAACUGUCCUCCCUCUAGCCAGAACCUGGCUCUGCUGGCCGGAGCAAACUGCUCUCCAACCUGUGACUUGUGACCCGUCUAGCUGAUCUGCCUCCGGGAAUUCUUUUAACUUAAGGGGAAAAAGGGGGGGAUCCAGAAGGGGACAACUGAGGAGAACAGGGUCCCUAUCCUUUGCAGUUGCUCCUUCAUUUUGUCGCUCCCCACACCCAAGCCCCUACUUCAGCUCCUCUGCCCAAGCCAACACCUGUUC